AUGACGACAGACAAGAUUGUGCUCGCCUACGUCCUCCUUGAGUUCCCCUCGCCACCGCAUCGCCACGAAGCAGCCCUCGUUGCCUCGUCGGGCAACGUCGAAACCGCAGCGCUCGAGGAUCUCAGGGUGCAGCUCGAGACCUCGAUGCGCCGGACCUAUCGCGGCGACGCCCAUCAUCGCCUGCCUCGCUUCUCCAUCAAGGUCAGCCGCUCGCUCACGCAGGCCGCUACCGGCAAGGCCGCGCCUUACUGGAAGGGCAACCCCGUCGAAUCCGCACCGACGCGGAAGCAUCGCAGCUACAAGCUCACAUCGACCAACCCUAUUGAAAGGGAGAGGUCGAGCACCAACGCCGUUCCCGCACCGGUACCCAAGUGCGAAUUCAACAGGUCCGCAGGUCCGCUCAACUCCAAUCGACGACGGAACCUCGCGUCGCUGCCAAAUCCUGAAGACCCCCGCCAACGCCUCGACGACUCCUCACCGCCGACUGCCGAGCCCGACAGCGGCAAGGAACCUCCGCCGCCGCCACCGCCGCCUACAGACUCGUUCCGUGACAGCCUCAAUUCCGUCAACGACACCGUCAACGACACCGUCAACGACACCGUCAUCGACACCGUCAACGACACCGACCCAGAAUCGUGUGCCCGCCGCCACCGCGUCCCUUUGCCAAAGCCUCACGUCGUCACGCAAUCUCACUCCUGGCCCGUCGCCGUCGCCGCCACACGGAAGCACUGA